CCACGCGAGACAGGUUGAGCGUCUAAUUCAAAUAGAAAGGGGGUUCUCCAAGAUGUUACGUAAACGCACAAAGGCGUUCGAACACACAGAGUACCCGAACGUAAAAUCGUCUGUUAGAAAAAAGAUUGUAGAUUUUCUGGUGAGUCUAGUCACGCAAGCCCGUGACAGAGAAGGAAAAGAAAACACGACACUGAGAACUCGUUUAGACAAACAUGAAGAACGAAUCACUGAGGUUUACACACAGUUAAGGAAACAAACCCAGCAAUUCACCCGAGUCCUGCAGACUAUUAAACACAUAGAAGACUAUUUAAACAGAACUGAAACGACAGGGUCUUCUGUGGACACAAGCUCGAUCCCGUCGCUUCACAGUGAACAGAUUCAAAGUCGAUUAUGACAGCAGAAUACACCCCAAUACAACUUAAAAGGGACUGAGGGUUUUUUUUCUAAAUCAAAGCAACUGGAUUGGUGCAUUUUUAUCGUGUCUAGUCGAAGCCAAUCGUUUCAAAUUUGCAACAUUUGAACGCUGGCCAACUGCGUUCGCUUCGCAAUUUAAUGACAUCGACAGUAGUCAGUUAUGCUUUGACUUGAAAGUCCUUGCAA